ACCGAAUACGUUAUGCAAAUUUCUCUGUAUUUUCCCGAUCUCAUGUGUUGGUGUCAGUUUUUAAUGUCACUUCGCCCUUGAAGGUCGACCUGCCACUGGAAAAUAUGCUUUUCUGUGUAUUGUCAAAUGUUAGUGUCGAGGUUUUUAUUCCAUUUCUAUGCGAUUUCUCUCGACUGUUUACGUUACACGGACUUUAGCUCGCACUGCAUGAAUAGAUAGUGUAUUGGCUUUAUGUGCUAUAUGGAGAGCUUUCAGUUCGUAAGUAAAUUGUCCGCUGCAUAUUUGUUCGCAUUUUUCGGUGUGUGUUUUAAAGUUUAUGCUCCUUUAUCAGAUAAGCUCUAACUUUUUUUUACUAUGAAUAGCUGCUGUUACUCAUGUUAACUUCGGUAACUGUUUAUCCACCUGUAUCGAUCUGUAUCUCUUAUCCGAAGCAGGAUCCCAUUGAGUUUCUCCUGAGAAGCGCUGCACAGGUUGGGGCCAUUAACAGACAAUAAGGGCAAACUAGAAACUGAAAUUCAUCCAAUCCACGUGUCUUUAGACUAUGGAGAAAAAAUAGGAAAAUUCUUGUUUUGAGUGUCCUGCAUUAACAGUAAUCUACCACAUACACAAGAUAAAGAACAGAUGGUAUCACUGCCUUCUGAGAUAUGAGAUACAGGGAGGCCUGAUGAGGCAAAUACUGAAUAUUUAGUAUGAUGGUUUCUGAUUAAUGAUACAAUAGAACUUUGUCGUCAUUGUCUUCAAACAGCAUGUCUGCCCAUCCUUUGCUUGUGUUGAAAUCACAAAUUUUCAUGUUGUUCAUGUUGUGGUUUUUCCUUCCCCGGCAAAUCAGAAGUCGCUCGUGUAGAUCCAAAUUCAGUCUUUAUUGCAACAAUUAAGUUACAACCAAGGUCGGACACUUACAAGUGUGUCCAAUACUGUCUUACACCAAUUUUUAUACAAGUACUUAUCAUUUAACAAUAUCUCAUCACUUGAGCAUCAUCAUUCCUUCAACCAUUCACAAUCGUUGUGUUUUCCCUUAAUCCACACCCCUAGGUGAUAAGUUUGUCAGUCAUUUCUUUUACUGUCACAUUUAGCCCUAACAUAAAGUAGCUAACAGAAACUCUUAGGCUAACAAAAGGUGCAAAUACAUACUCAAUUGAUUACGUUGUGUUGAUUACAUUAUAAUGAUUACAUUGUAAUGAUUACAUCAUGGGUAUUUGGCAUGCUUUUUAAUAAUACCAUAAUGAUUAUAUUGUAUGUUGUAUAGUGCUAAAUAAUAUUCCAUAUUUACAGUCUUUAUAGGAAACAUACAAAGUCUAUUGGAGACGGAAAUAAAAAAGUAUGACCUCCAGAUGGACCACAUGAUUCAAUGAUUUUGAAACAUGAUUUUGGUUUGCUGCCUCUGGAUGUUUAUUUUGGGUGGUUUCCAGUUAGCGUCUGCAUUUGUUUCUUUGAACUCUGGGCUUUUGUUCUUUCUUUUGGCCCACAGCCUAUCGCAUAAUAAUUCUUUCUGUCUUAGAUUCUUUAGCCAUUUUCUGUGAUGUGUACAUGUUCUCAGGUAUCAUUACUGCCUUAUAAUAGACUAUAAUCUCUCAUUCAGCCUCAUUCAUCCCACCUUGUAUGUGUUUUCUUGGGAGGGGAUAUGCUUUAGGUCAACCUGACUUUGGUUUCAUAGGUAAUUAAAAUGGGUGGUAAUUUCCUUUGCAAAAAUAUAUAAUCACCUUUGGCUGAAUUCUUAAAUGUUAUCAGGUUACCAAGUCAAAUUCUUAGGUUUAUGUAAUUUCUGAGUAACAGACGCGUCUAGUUGUCUGAGUUUCUCCACAUGCCUACAUUUUUAGUCGCUGAGUACGCGAUCGCUUCUCCAUAAACUCACAUAAAAAAUAACCUUUCCUGGACGCACAGAUACAGGAUGUAUCGUCAUCUGCAGCCUCGCUCUCUGUUGAGCAUUGUACGUCACGUGACACUGCACAGAAAAUAACUUCAGUAAAAACUGGGAACACAUGACAGGACGGUCAGGAAACAACAAUUCCUUCAGGACGACGGGUCUUUAAUCUUCACGAACGGUCCCUGUAGCGGGUCACUGAAGAUGAGUUUCUUAUUAUUCUUCCUUGGCGCCAUUCUUGUUCUCGUUGGUGGCAAACAAUGCGAGCUUUCAAGCACUGACCACAAGGAGCUUAUGCUCUCCCUCAACAAGAAGCUGCUGCGCUCUCUGGAGGAUCCAAGCCACCAGUCCAAUCCCAGCGUGCACCUGGCCCUGCGACUUUCCACCCACCACAGCCAGGCCACUGAGUGCAAGAGUUUGAGUUACAUGAAGACUAAGUUACACAGUGAUCUGGAGAGUUCUCUUUCCGAUCUGAAGCCAGUGACGGGCCUUCUGGCCCUGUACCUCCUGGCUCUGAAGGCCUCCUGCUAUGACCUUGGUGCAGUCAAGCUCAAUGAUAAAAAUCUCAUCCAUCACCUGAAAAGUCAGUUGGAGCAGGAGAAGGAUCACAUCCCCACCAAAUCGCGACCUUUGACCAGCUACUACCAGUACUCCCUUGGUAUUCUGGCCCAAUGCGUGAGUGGUGUGCGGCUGAACCCACACGUGAGGAACAAGCUGAUCCAUGCCAUUAAGCAGGGCCACAUCGGUCAUGGGGAAAACCAUGAGGGUGUUGACACGCUGGCCAUGGCUGGAAUAGCCCUGCAGUGUGUGAAGGAGUUCCCUGGGCAGGAAGAGGAUGCAGCACUUAAGGAGGCCCUGAACAUAAUCAAGGAGAAGCUGAGAGGCUCGCAACGAGCCGAUGGGCACAUGGGCAAUGAGUUCAGUACCGGGCUGGCAGUGCAGUCCCUGCUGGCAAUGGGCAUCCAGGUGUCUGAGUGCUCUGCUUCCAUGGAGGCCUUGAGGAACAGUGCCAGGACCGGUGUCUACCACAACCCCAUGGCCAUCUCACAGGUCCUGCCUGCCCUCCAGCAGCGCACUUAUCUGCAUGUUAAGACGCAGGGCUGCACCAAGGAGGAUGACAGUCUGGUGCUGGAAUCCAGGCCUCCGCCUGGGGAAUCCGAUGAUGUCAUGGUAUCUGUGGAGGUGGAGGUGGUCAAUUCAGAGGGCCGCCCUGCCUUAAACUCCAUUGACAUUCCAAAGGGAUCCACUCUCCUUAAAGCUUUGGAGCUCCUCCAAACGAAAGGGGAAUUUACGUUUGAGACUGAAUCCAGUUUGUGGGGCCCCUUCCUGAGCAUGGUGAAUGGGGUGCAGGCCCGCCAGAUCGACCGCGACUACUGGCAGCUCUUGUCUGAUGGCACGGUUCUCACUGAAGGUAUUGGUGACUUUAAGAUUGUGAAGCCACAAAAGAUCUCCAUCAAAAAAAUGAGAUUCUGAAAGCAAGAGGAUCCCAGUCAUAUGCACAUUACCCUGCGACUAAGCUGUGCUCCAGCCUGAGAAAGGAUUCAUGUUAUUUUAGUGCUGCAAAGAUGUACUUUUUUCCAAGUUCAAUCAAAGACUGAAAUGUAGAGGUUGCUCCAAUUUUAAAUCAUGCAAACUUUAAAAUUAAUUUAUGCUUGCUGCAAUGAAUUUGUUAUAUUCUCAGACUAGGGUGGUGGACAAGUUGUAAUACUUGUAAGAGUCACUCUGUGUAUAAGAUGAUUAUCAUACAUGCUGCCGAUUGGCUGUUGUCAUACUGAUGCUUUUGUAAUGUCAGGAAUUACCUCUGUCAUUUUGUUUUGCUUCUGUUAAUGGAGCCAGAUUGGUCACAAGCACUCUGAUAGAGGCCAUGCUAGAUAGUCCACACUGAACAGGAUUCAGAAAGCUGUCAACUCAUUUUCAGUUGUGUUAUUCUGAGAUUUUGAGUGAAAAUUCUUUUUACUAUUAAUCAAUUUUCUUGAUGUGCUGUGUCAUUUUGCAGAUGACUUGACUAACAGUAAAUACUUUGGAAAAAG